AUGGACAUGCGAGGGAAACUGAGCGAAUGUCGCUCCAUAUCCCACGAUACCAUGCGGAGUGGGCGGAGUGUGCGGAGUGGUACGUCCUCGCCGCGGGUAGCGCAUUUCGACGGCGAAGUUCCUCCCGCACUUUCCCCUCUCGACGCAUUCGCCGCUCAGAGUCGAUUCCUGGCCCGACAACUCGAUGAAUCUCGACAAGGCGACCGCCGCAUGAGUCGGCUGCCACCGGCGAGUGUAGCUCGAUCGCUUUCCCAAGGCCGCCCGGGCUUCGGCCGCUCCAAGUCGUCAACUGAAGCCCGUACCGAACUGACCCGCCAACCCACGCAGAAGGGACUCCCGGAAUAUUCAGAGCCCAAGUACCGCCCUAUCUCCGAACAUCCUCGGUUCAGCUCCGUUUCCAAUGCUAGCACCGAGGCUAGCUAUUAUGAGGAUGAUGAUAAUGCGACACCCCGGACAACGAUGCUAAAUCAUGAUUCGGAGGCGUAUGGAAUGCCGCGUGCCGAGUCACCAGAGGGCGUUGCGUCACACGCAAGUGGAGCGGAUGAUGCGCUUGUUGGUAUGGCGGUUGCUGAGCCGCAAGGUUCAUCAAUUGAUUCAUCUUUUCGAUUGGACAUCCCACGUACCUUGGCGCCGCCAGUGUCACCACGGUCGCGCCCAUCCAGCAGUGCAAAAGUGGCACACCCUGAGAGCUCUGAUGAUGAUUAUAGUAGCUCUAACGGUGGGUCGACGUUCUCUAAACCUCGCAAGCUGUCCUCUGGAAGUGCUGUGUCAUUGCCAUAUUCUCCCAUGUCGACAUUCCCUGCACGAGCACAUCCUCGAUCGCCAUCCAUGAGCUCGGAGACAUCGGGUACGGGAGGAAACCACCUACCCCGCCCUUCUUUUAAUUUCUCUCGACCGUUGAGUCGCUCGAGUACGACCUUGUCUGCCCCUGGAGCUUCGACCCCUACCGACCCGAUUCUUGGCUCUUCAUCGAACCACAUGACUCGUCGCGGCAAGCCGACUCCCCUCGUUUUACAACUGACGACCGAAGAUGUUGCUGCAAUAGAAGCCAUGGAUGGCGAGCCGUCGUCCGCUGUCUCAUCUUAUGUGUACGCCAAGUAUGCGCUUCCGCGCGGACGUUUCCUUUCACGGGAUUCCGUGGUCUUUGCGGGCUUGCAAACGCCUCAUUUCGAGUGGGAUGAGCCCUUAUUUGAGAAAACACCUCCACGGCAUUCAGAAGAGCCACCGCGAAUGACACGGACCCCAUCCCCUACGCCCCAUCGACAAUUGGCGCACUCACCGAAGCCUCACUCGAUGCACGAAGUUCCAGCUUCGAAGCCUCAAUCCCCAGCACCGAAAUUCCAACCCCAAUCUCCGCCUCAAUCUCCACCUCAGCCUCAACUUCAACCUCAAACCCCCAAGUCUCAACGAAUCCCGCCCCCUCCGCCUGUACCCGAUUCGCCAAUAGAGCCGGUACGGCCCUCUGUUGACAGCACCCGAGAGACAAUCAACGAGAAGGAUGAAACUGUCUCUUCUGCGGAUUCGGCCAGCACCAUGCGGCCCCAAACUGCCAACGCUCCGGUAACGGCUUCGGGCCUCACGGCGGACGACCACGUCGCCAAGGGCAUUGAAUGCCACGAGCGAGGAUCAUUGAGCGAGUCGACGUAUCAUUUACGGGUUGCCGCGAAACAAGACCAUCCGACGGGAAUGCUGCUUUAUGCGCUGGCCUGUCGACACGGCUGGGGCAUGCGGUCCAAUGAGAAGGAGGGCGUACGAUGGUUACGCAAAGCUGUGGAUUCCGUCGGAUUGGAAAUGUUGGCCGAUCCGGAUGCCCCUGGUGCCUCGAAGGCGAAAGAAUUACAAAAGGCAUACCGGGCUCAAUUUGCUCUCAGCAUUUAUGAAUUGGGUGUCAGCUACUUGAAUGGCUGGGGUAUCGAGCAGGACAAGUCACUUGCCUUGCGCUGCUUCGAAAUUGCCGGUCAAUGGGGCGACGUUGAUGCCAUGGCCGAAGCUGGAUUCUGCUACGCGGAGGGUGUUGGCUGCAAGAAGGACAUGAAGAAGGCGGCACGCUUUUAUCGCCAGGCUGAGUCUAAGGGUAUGAGCAUGGUUGGAAACAGCUGGAUCUACAAGGACAAAUACAAUGAGACUGACGCUCCUUCACACCCCCGUGGCCGAAAUGCCAGCGGAGAGAAGGACAAGAAGUCGCGUAGCAAGUCUCGCACUCGCAGUAUCUUCCAAAGAAAGAAAUCCAUCGUCCCAGAGGCAUAG